AUGUCGGCGCCGGACCCAGACCGUCCGAGCCUUACUCCCGUGCGACAGCAGCCCAGUGCCAUCCGCAUCGUCCCUUACUCUCCUCCACGUGCAGCCGACUCGUCUGAGGACCUCCAGCCGCAAAGCGGUGCGGCAGCGGAAUUUUCGGAUUUCAGCCGCCACGAGGAUGACGGCGACGAUGAGGACGACGACGACGACGAUGAUGGUUAUGGAUCCAACUGGAGACGGACUAACCAGACCUCCGAAAAGAAAGGCAGCAGCAGGCGCAACCAGGGGCCUGUCGCAUUGCCGUCCACAGCCGAGUCCCGGUUAUUGUUGGCAAAGCAGGAGGAUGGUGUUUCAGGGGACAAAUCUGCAACAGGUGCAGGUACAUCAGGAGACGGCCCAAGAUAUCAUCGACCGACCACGGUAGCCCCUGCUGGGCCUCCGCCAUCCAAUGUCGCUAGCCUCGCCGCCAUCAAUGCGCUGCACGCACCUCCCACCCGUGGGCGUCUCUCUGCCUCUAGCUACACCACUCACACCAGCUUGUCGUCCCGACAUUCUGCAUCAUCUCAUCUUAGCGAUGCCGAGCCCUCUUCCUCGUCGAGGGCCUCUCGCUCGCCUUCUACUGGCCAGCGCCGGCCCGCUUCCUCCCGCCGCGGAGGUUUCGUGGCGGUCCUGAACGAGGACAAGACUUUUUCCCUCGUCCCACAACGACCCCGGCCAGAUCCGGAACCAGAGCCGCAGCCUUCCUUGGCCCAGGACCCACGAUCCUCGUCUGCCCUGUCUGACUACAGCGGUCCGGGCGCUGGCUUCAGGUCCCCACAUUUACCCUUCUACCCAUCCACCCCCAGAGUGUCCCAGGCCAGUUCGCAUGAAGGCUACACGUCUUAUGCGUCCAGCCAAUAUGAUCGUCCCAGCUCUGCCUUCACCUCCACGGGUACAAUCCCGGACCGAAGCAUAACCCCCAGCACACCAGUGCCGUCGUCUCCGGGCUCCUCCACAGUCCACGACUUUGACGAUCCCAUCGCCGAAACCUCCUCCACGCCCCAGACCAAUCGCCUGGUGGGUGGACUUCGCAAGGUCCCCAAGACCCCCGACCUCAAGUGGAAGCAGACCGACCACUCACCCUCUUCUGACACGACAGAGACCCCACUUCCCGCCGUCCCAGAGUCGUCACCACAGCGUCCUGCUGGCGACGAGCUUGACCAGCCAGAAGCCCACUCGACUGGGGCAGAACAGGCUUCGGUACACUCUAAUACUCCCUCGGGUGGAUCGGACCCAAAUUACAUUGUCUACGAACCCGACAGCCAGGCUCCUUCCGAGGCUGGGCAAGAGCCUGGAGAAGAAAGGGCACCGGGCGACAGCCAAUUGGACCCGGAUCUUCGCGAACAGGCGUCAUUCGACUCCCAGCAGACCGUUUCCACCGAGUUCGAGUCCACUAACAUCAAGAUCUACGGCCACAGCGGAUCCGAAGAGUCUGAAGAGGCUCUCCCGGAACCCCCGAUCGAAGGCGCUCCGUCCGACUCAGGGAGCGGCCAAUUCGUCCCACCUCUCCAGACUCAGCCCUCUUUCCGAUCCAUCCAGUCAGGGGCUUCGACAACUUCCGACAACACAAAUUACAAAGUCUACGGGCCCAGCAGUCCAGGCCUGCCACCAGUCCCCGAGGCAGAAACACCCCAAGAAACAAACGAGCUCAGGCCUGCCCAGUCAUUCCUUUCUGCGGCCUCAACAAACUCGGAAGCGGCCAAUUGGCAGGUAUAUGGUCGCGCUAGCCCUGCGACACUAGCAUCCGUCGAGAGCUUUAACCCACCCUCGCCUUCCGGCUCAUACGCGCCCCUGAUACGCCCGACUUCGCCACCCGAGGGCCCUUCGCUAUACGCACAGGAGGAAGAAGGCGGCCCUUCCGGCACUUCCGACAACGAGGCAAACUACGUGGUCCACGGUGAUCCCACUCCUGACCCGUCACCGAACCGAAGCCCCGAGGCGUCACCGCCAGGCACCGCCGUCCGACCCCCGCGAGCAGGAUACUCACAAGAGAGCCCGGCACAGCAACCGUCACAACAGCUCCGCAGGCAGCCUUCUUCGGAAGGAUUAGGAUACUACAGAUCGAGAUCGAGGUCCAUUGAGAAUCUGCGCACAAAGAAAUCUUGGAGAUCAGGAACUUCCGUCUCGUCAAUAAUCAACGAGGACGCUGAGGACUUCUUUGCGGGGCAGGCAUUCCUGAACGAGCCAGAGGGCCAGUGGGAGCCCUCAUCGGUCGCAGGGCCAUCGGAGCGCCAGCGACAACUCGACGAGCAGCGCGAGCGUGAACGACGACAGGCGGAGGAGAGGGCUUCAUGGGCCGAAGAAACAGAAGGGCCGGCUCCCAUGGCAUUGCCAACUACGCCGCACCAAUGGAGCUCCCAACUGUCCACCGUCAUGUCCGAGACGGAGCCCGGGAGCUCCGGCGGCGGCACAAGAUCCGCCUCUCUGGCCCCGAUCUUCAACCCCCGCGCCGGUUACCACGGCACGGUGAGGGACCACGACGAAGAUGGUGAUGGCCUGGCGGAUCUGCAACAGAUCACCCCACGGCCGUCUCGCCAGAGGCUAUCAGACUUCUUCGCGAGCAGCAACUCGUCCGAACGAAACCUGCAUUCCUCUCACAGUUCCCGCUCACAGUCCAGCAGCUUGAACUCUAACACGAUCCCUACCUGGGCUAGACUUUACUACGGCAGUGGAGAGCGCAAAUUCCUGCGAAACAUGUCAAUCUCGAGCAUGUCCGACCUUGGCAGCAGUCGCCCCGGCUCCGUGCAAAACAGCGGAUCACCAACUACAGAUCAUUUCCCCUUGGGCAUUUACAGCCCCCGGCGCCGACCCCACGAGGGAAGACCCGAGUCGGCAGCCCGGCGCCAGUCUGCCACUGGGAGCAUGGACAUCGAGCCGGCGCCGGCGACACACGAGGACCUGGGCAUUCGGAGAGGCCUUCGUAGGAUAACAUCGAGCGUGUGGUCACCGCAUCUGCGCAGGGACGUCCGCGCGCGGGACCGAUACAGCGUCUGGGAUCCACCCUCGGUUUCAUGGUCAGCCGAGAGCGGCAUGUUUGGCCGCCGCAACGCGCAGGUGGUCCUCUUCGUGUUCGGGUUCAUUUUCCCAUUCGCCUGGAUGAUAGGAGCAGUCUUGCCUCUGCCCAAGCCGUCGCCGUUGGCCAUGCUGGAGCGGUACUCGAGCAUCAGCGACUUCGGCGUCCGGUCCCGUGAGCACGAGUUCGAGCGCCACAUCGAGACGGUUGACGAGCUCCGUCACGAGAACGCGACUUGGUGGAGGACGCUGAACCGAUUCAUGUCUGUUGUGGGACUCCUCAUCAUCGGCGCCGUUGUUGGUCUGGCCGUUGCGGCAGUCAAAAAGGGAUGGGGGAGGAACUGA